ACUGUCAUUCUCAUCUGGUUGCGCGAGGCGAUCGCUGAGACUUUUAUUUUUGAUUAUUUUCCCUUUAUUGUUUGCUUUAGCAAAUUAUUAAUUGUUUACUAACGCGCUGCGAUCAUAUCAGAGUACGUUGAAAAUGUCAGUGAUGGAAUUUCUAAAAGACCUGCCGUCCUACAACGAGCAGAAUUUCUCGUUGUUCAACACAGAUCAUGGCAUUAGAAAUUGUUCGAAGAGACCGUCGAUAUAUUUACCUACGAAGGAUAUACCCUCGGAACAAAUUAUUGUAACAGAAAAGACAAAUAUUCUUCUGAGAUAUCUCCACCAGCAAUGGGAGAAAAAGAAUAACAGUUCUCCAAAGAAACGUGACCAGAGCCACAUUGAACAAAAUGGUGAUGAGAGUCGACCACGCAAAAGGCCUUGUCUCAACCUCUCUCUUAAUUGAACACGUCUACACUUUUUACUAAGAGUUUGACCUGAAAAUGGCAUUUUAAUUACCUUUAAAGUCUCUAGGUUGAUAUUCGAUUCUUGAUGAUAAAACUUGAAUAUCUGAAGUGCCAUUUAAAAAUGAAUCUUAUGCAAUAUUACAUAAUUAGUUAUGGGAUUUUGCAGAGAUCCGUUGUAAUACAUCUUUAUUUAAACAAGGUAUUUGAUUUUACCUGCAAUGAUGCCCUAUGAUUAUUUUAUUGCCCCACAACAUAGUCCUUUGCUAUCUUUUUAGAUAAAAAAUACUGAGUUUGUGAUUGAAAUAGGAGAAUAAUUCAUUCCAUAACUAUGUUAAAUAAGGUUUUUUAUUUGAAUAAAGUUUUGUUACUUUUGCAUGAUCUGUUUACAUUAGAAGAGCACUGAUUAAAGGUUCUUGAAGACAAAAUUACAUGUCACAACUACCUCUUUUGGCACCUAUUGUGUAAAACUACAUGUAGCAAUCUUUUGUAAGCACUAAUUUUAAUGAAGAUGUGUUCAAUUUAAAUUAUUUUGGUGUGGUUUAAGAAUUUGUCCAAAAUUGUUUGUGGGAAAAUUUAUUUUAUUUUCUAAGAGAUAGAAUUCUAUUAUAGUUAUGUUUCCAGUUUACUAAUCUAGAUAUUUCACUACAUCUAAAUACUUUUUCAGCUUACUUUGCUUCAGUACCCACAAAAAUGCCUAUUUACGAUUAUGAAUCAUUAGUUGUAGUCUAACUAAAUUAUCUUUUUAUGUGCAUAUACCCA